AUGAGGAAUUAUUCAUCAUAGAGAUUGCUAUUAUCAGAUUAAGAACUAUUACGUAUUUAAAUCUUGGCAAAAAAGUCUUUUCGACCAUCUUCCAAAUAAAGAAUAAAGGAAAAACCAUAAAUUGAAAGUUAUCAAUUUAAACCUGAAGUAUUAAUAUAUAUUAAUUACAGAUUAAUAAACAAUCUGCAAAUCUAUAAAGAUCUAUAAAUGAUUUAUUUAGAUGGAAUUUAAAUAAAUAGAUGAAAAGAUAAUAAAUUUAUGAUGAUGAAGUAUUUAAUUCUCAUUUAUUUAUUUAUAGUCAAGAGAAUUAUAAAAUAAUGCAAAUAGAUUAACUCAUGAACUUACUAACUCUUCUGUAUUUGAUAGAUUGUAUCAAGCACGAAAAAACAGUGAAAAUGUUAUAUGUAAUAUUGUGUUUCAAUAUUAUUAGAAUAAUCUAAAAGAAGUACUUGUAAUUUUGGACCUUAUUAUAAUAAAAAUAAGACUAGUUCCAUGUAUUAAGAAUAAUAACGAUAAUAAUAGUUAGAAGUAUCAUAAUUUAAAUCGAAAACUUAUGCGAAUGAUAGUAAAUAUGAGUUUUCAAAUCAAUAAACUCCAAAUCCUAACUUUUUUGAUUCUGAUUAAUUACCUAUUGCUGUAAAUGAUGUAAUUUAUCAUUCUCUAUAUAAAUCUAAUAGUAAAUAAAGGUUCCAGUACCUGUUCAUUAGUAUGUAGACUUAACUGAAUAAUUAAGUAAUUCAAUCAAUGAACCUGAUUCCCCUACUAAGUCUCCUUUACAUUAGAAAGAUAUCGAAGUUAUGGUUGAAAGGUAUAAAUCUAAUUUAAUAGAAUAUAGAUUGAAUAAUUGGUAAGCUAAAAAACAACAAUAGGAACAAUUAAUAUUAUAAGAUGAUUUAAAUAUUAAAUCCUAAAUCAAACCAAAGUUAAUCAAUUAAAAUAGAUAGCCAUCCUUUGGACCUUCGUAAUCUCAAUCUAAAUUUUAUUCGAAUAUGUUCCUAAAUAAUAAUAAUCAAAUCAAUUGA